GAGACGCUCACUUCGGACGUUCUAGUUGUUUCUUUCGUUGAUUUGUUUAUAAAGGAUCACAAACAUGGGUGCUUUUGAAAGCAAACGAUGGUCUGAACUACCUCCCGAAACACCUCAGCCAGUAGAUAAACGUAUUUCCAGGCUUCAAAUACCGGAUCCUCGUUCGCCAUUCGGAGAACAGAGAACGCCGAUCCAAUUGGAAUAUUACGAGGAAUCACCACAAAACAGAGAGCUGAACAUUUGCGAUCCAAGAUCGCCGAGCUUCCUUAUUGAUCGAACUCCCAUUAGCUUACCUACUACUGGCAGGAACCACUAUGAACCAAAGGAGAAGGCCGAAGAAACAGAACGCGAGGAGAUGUCAACAGAAUCCAGCGAUCAGGAUGAGGCCUUCGGAACCGAAGAAGAUGCCUUUGUAGGAGUCGAACCACCAUCGCCCGAUAUCGCUCAGAUCAACAAGAUCCUCAGUGAAGUAUCGAUGUCUCCGGUAUCACCUGGUGCCCCACUUUCUAAACAAGACACAGCUCGACUGCUAAAGAAAACUGCCAGCCCAUCUGAUUUCAAAAGAAAGAGAAGGCUCUCUGGUCGGCGACAAUCAGUUCCACAAAAAUUGUUCUCGGAUAAAGUGGCGCCCGCUCCCAGAUCUCCACUGGCUCAGAGAAACUCGGUCGAUUUAACAGAGGCAGUUAAGAAAGGAAACAAACUCUCCUUCCGCACCCAGAAAACAAAAAGACCUAGCUUGCAAGAAGGACUUUAUUCUAAUAAAGAAAAUCUUGGCGCACCACUGGUGAUGUGAAGUGACUUCCAAGCUUUCAUUUACUUUUAUAAAUUUGAAAUCAGACAAUUUGUUUUAGAAGAAACGUGACAUUGAUAUCGAUAAGAUGAUAAAAGAGGAAGGAACUACAGAUAUGUUAAUACAGAAGUGAUGUACCUUUUACCAGUUUUCUAACGUUACUGAAGCACUACCAGGAAAGUGUGGGGGGUGGGGGUCCCUUUCGUUUAUCAAUUGUUACAAUCUGCUGUACCAGUGUUAUAUACAGUGGCAUAUAUGUAUUCAAUACUUUGAGCCCACUCUCACAAAUUUAAUUUUAAGUGUAUUGCUUAUCAGAAUUUAACAUGGCAGGGCCCCAUAAAUGUCACUAUAAUACCCCGAUCAUAAACUUGAAGAAAAACUCAACCAUUUUUAUCAACACUACUCCAAGAGUAUGUUGGAGGCUUAUGUAAGCUGAGAAAUUAUUGUGCACGAAGGCCCUUUUCUCUUGGAUUAGACUUUAAUCAAAGAAAAAGGGGAAAAAAUGGUUACAGCUGUAAGGUUCUUUAAACUUUAUGUCACUAAUUAGAUAGUAACUGACAUAUUGCUAUGUUACA